ACAUUAUUAUUUCUUCAUCCACUAGUGCGCACAGUAUUUGCUCUUUGCUCCGUCGUUACCCGGCACUGGCUAUUCAUCGCCAUUAUCUUACUGCCUCUCUCUCUUUCUAAGCGCGGACUCUAAACCCUAGUCUCCCUCAUUCUCUUUCUUUCUUUUCUUUCUCUGGAAUCCCUAAAACGCCGGUAGAGCGCCAUGAAAAUUGCAGAAAACGAUCCUAUCAAUGUCUCAAACCAGCUUCUACAGUCUCUUUUGGAAGAAAUCAUUCAAGUCCAGGCCUUUAAAGGCAAAUGGGCUCUUAUCAGAGCCAAGCUCUCCGAUCUCCAUUCUCAACUCGCCGAUUUCGCAGACUUCCCGGCUUCCACCUGCAACCCGCUAUGUCUUGACCUACUUCACUCCAUUUCCCAUUCUUUAAGCGAUGCCGUAUUUUUGGCUAGAAAAUGUCAGACUCCUAAUUUGACAGAAGGUAAGCUCCGGACACAGAGCGAUGUCGAUUCCGUUUUGGCCAAGUUGGAUCGGCAUGUCAAGGACAGUGACAUUUUGAUUAAAAGUGGGGUUCUUCAAGGCAGUGUCGUUUCAGGGGGUUCUUCUUCGAAGAGGGAGGCAGUGCGGGCCGAGUCGAGGAACUUAAUAACCCGCUUGCAGAUUGGUAGCAAUGAGGGGAAGAAUUCGGCCAUGGACUCCCUUCUCGUGUUGCUUCAAGAGGAUGAUAAGAAUGUAAUGAUUGCAGUGGCACAGGGUGUUGUUCCCGUGCUUGUUCGUUUACUGGAUUCGAGCUCCCUGGAGAUGAAAGAGAAGACUGUAGCAGCAAUUUCGAGGGUUUCGAUGGUGGAUAGUAGCAAGCAUGUUUUAAUUGCGGAGGGUCUAUUGCUUUUGAAUCAUUUGCUUCGGGUUCUAGAAUCGGGAAGUGGGUUUGCGAAGGAAAAAGCAUGCGUUGCACUUCAAGCUUUAAGCUUUUCGAAGGAGAACGCUAGGGCAAUUGGGUCUAGAGGCGGAAUUUCUUCGCUAUUAGAAAUUUGCCAGGCGGGCACGCCGGGUUCACAGGCUUUUGCGGCUGGUGUUUUGAGAAAUCUCGCCGUAUUUGAAGAAAUUGGGGAGAAUUUUAUAGAAGAGAAUGCGAUUUUAGUUCUUGUUGGGCUUGCAGCUUCCGGGACUGCGUUGGCCCAAGAGAACGCAAUCGGGUGUUUAUGUAAUUUGGUGAAAGGCGAUGAGAAUUUGAAGCUUGUGAUUGUGAAGGAAGGGGGCAUCGAGUGCUUGAGAAACUUCUGGGAUUCAGCUCCUCCUGUAAGAAGUCUUGAAGUUGCUGUUGAUUUAUUGAGGCACCUGGCUUCGAGCCAAGUUAUUGCAGAAAAGCUUGUUUCUGAUUUAUUUAUUGUCAGGCUUGUGGAAGUGUUGAAUUGUGGAGUUUUGGCUGUGAGAAUUGCAGCUGCAAUGGCUGUCUACGAACUUGGUUUCAACACCAAGACAAGAAAGGAAAUGGGUGAAUGUGGAGUAAUUAUUCCAUUGAUUGAGAUGUUAGAUGGUAAAGCUGUCGAAGAUAGAGAAGCGGCAGGAAAGGCAUUGUCACGUCUUGUAUUAUAUGCAGGAAACAAAAGGAUUUUUAGAAAAGAUGAGAGGGGGAUAGUGAGUACAGUUCAGCUAUUAGAUCCUUUGAUACAGAAUUUGGACAAGAAAUACCCUGUUUCAAUAUUGGCCUCGGUUGUGCAUUCUAAAAAGUGUAGAAAACAAAUAAUCGCUGCUGGUGCCUGUGUACAUUUGAAGAAACUUGUUGAGAUGGAUAUAGACGGAGCAAAGAAGCUUUUGGACGGUCUCGGCCGUGGUAAGUUUUGGGGCGUCUUUGCCAGGCCAUAGCAGCCAUAGAAGUCUUGAAUUGCUGCAUCAAAGAAACAUGGAUUCGAAGAUUAUUGGUUCAUCUGUAUGUACAUUAUCUGUGUUCAAUUUUACUUGAUUUUUAUUCUCUCUUUUUUGCUCAUACCAUUGUCAAGUUGCUGUAGGAGUAAACAUCGGUAGCUUAACUGCCGUUGGAGAAACUCUUGUAGAGCCGAAAUCUUGUUUUGUUGACCUAACUAGAUUGGAGUCCAUGUCCAUUAUCGUAAAUUCAAUAAUUGAUUGUACUGUAUUGUGUCUAAGACAGCACUUCUGCUUUAUCUAUUACUGACUCUUAUGGUUACCAAA